GCUGCUCUGGUCUCUAACCAGGGUCAGCUGUGUCUUCUGGCUUCCUCUUCGGGAUCUUCUUUCCCACCAAACCGUCCUGCCUGGGGGCUAGGGGGGAGGGGCAGUAUGGGAUGCAGUUUUACCUCACCCUUUAAGGACCCAGGAGUCCUGCCUCCCAGGCUCUGGGCUCCAGACCCCCAGCUCCUUUCCCACCCCACCUUCCCCCGCCCCUUGUGUAGCCUCAGCUUCAGUCACCCCAAACACGCUCUAUUCAGGCUAAACAGGCAAUAAGGAGCAGAGAGAGGGCGGUGAAUGAAGGAGGGCUCCCUGGAGGAGGCCAAAUUGUCCUUUGGACUGUAGGGAAGCCGGGGAGAGCUGUGCUUCCAGUUGGGGAAGGGGAGUCUCUCAGCCACCCAUAGAGGACAGCCAGAGAAGGUGCUCCUGGCCAGGAGCUGGAGGUGCUGUUCAUGGCCCCCCCAGGAGGCUGGUGUGGCCCAGGGCAGAGGGGGUGGCAGGGAGGAGGGGGAAUGGAGCCAUUAGGGCUGGGAGUACCUAACAGCAUCCUGGGGAAUUGAUGGGGGAGUAGCCUGAGGAAAGUCACCUGAGGAGCUGAAUGGAGGCUGGCAGGAAAGGGAACGGAGUGUAAGAGGCCAGCAGAGCCCCAGGAAGGCCCUACAGCCAGGGAUGGGGGGCUGAGGGAGGAGGAGGGUCUUCCCCACAGGGAGGAUAGCUAUCUGGCAAAGGGAGCCCCACCUGGGCAGCUGGGGAGUCCAGGGGAGAGUGCCAGCCCUGCAGUGGAGAGGUCCUGGGUUCGAGUCUGGCCUCAGACCCUGUGCUCUUGGCAGCUCCCCCUUUUGUCUUUGAACCCUGAGCCUGGAGGGCCUCCUGGAAGGGCUUCCAGUCUGGAGGAUCAAACCUUGGAGGCCUGCUGGGCCCCCCUAGAGGACUAGAAGGGACCCCCAUGACCCUCUCCCAGCCCAAGGGGGCCUCCAGCAGGCAUUUGAGGACUUCUGGGAUGGGGGAAUUCUGGGGGGGAGGGGUCCUUCUGCAGCCCCUCUUUGGCUUUGGGCCAGUUUCUUGUCAGAUUCGACCCAUCUUGGCCUCAUCCCUGAUUGGGUUUCUGGUUCUCCUCCUCCUUCCUCUCCCCCUUCCCUUAAACUCUUUCCUUUCCCAAAGGUCUGACAAGUAUACUAUUCUGUGUUCACCCAAUUAUUAUAGUUUCCUUCCUUUUAUUCAAGUCAUUCACCCAUUCCGAGUUUAUCUUGGUGUAGGGUGUGAGGUGUUGAACCAAACCUAAUCUCUCCCACACUGUCUUCCAAUUUUCCCUGCAGUUUUUAUCAAAUAGUGGGUUUCUGUCCCACAGACUGGGAUUUUUAGGCUUAUCAAAGACUGUCUUGCUGAGGUCAUUUACCCCAAGUCUAUUUCACUGAUCCUCCCUUCUAUCUCUUAGCCAGUACCAUAUUGUUUUGAUGAUCACUGCUUUAUAGUAUAGUUUGAGAUCUGGGACUGCAAGGCCACCUUCCUUUGUAAUUUUUUUCAUUGUUUCCCUGGAUGUCCUUGAUCUUUUGUUCCUCCAAAUGAACUUUGUUAUGGUUUUUUCUAAUUCAGUAAAUUUUUUUUUUGUAGUAGUUCAAUGGGUAUGGUUAAUAGAGGUGAUAAUGGGCAUCUUUGUUUCACUCCUGAACUUAUUGGGAAGGUUUCUAGUUUAUCCCCAUUGCAGAUGAUGUUUGCUGAUGGUUUUAGAUAUAUAAUAUUUAUUAUUUUUAGGAAAGUUCCUUCUAUUCCUAUACUUUCUAGUGUUUUCAAUAGGAAUGGGUGUUGUAUUUUAUCAAAGGCUUUUUCUGUGACUAUUGAGAUAAUUAUGUGAUUUUUGUUGGUUUGCUUGUUGAUAUGGUCAAUUAUGUGGAUGGUUUUCCUAAUAUUGAACCAUCCUUGCAUUCCUGGUAUAAAUCCUACCUGGCCAUAGUGAUCACCUUCGUGAUCACUUGCUGGAUUCUUUUUUCUAGUAUCCUAUUUAAGAUUUUUGCAUCAAUGUGCAUUAAGGAGAUUGGUCUGUAGUUUUCUUUCUCUGUUUUUGACCUGCCUGGUUUUGGAAUCAGUACCAUGUUUGUGUCAUAAAAGGAGUAUGGUAGAACUCCUUCUUGCCUUAUUCUGUCAAAUAGUUUGUAUAGUAUUGGGAUUAGUUGUUCUUUGAAUGUUUGAUAGAAUUCACUUGUGAAUCCAUCAGGCCCUAGGGAUUUUUUGUUAGGGAGUUCUUUGAUGGCCUGUUGGAUUUCUUUUUCUGAUAUGGGAAUAUUUAAGAAAUCUAUUUCUUCUUCUGUUAGUCUAGGCAAUUUAUAUUUUUGUAAAUAUUCAUCCAUAUCACCUAGAUUGCCAUAUAAUUAGUCAAAUUUGUUUUUGAUGAUUGCCUUAAUUUCGUCUUCAUUAGAAGUGAGGUCUCCCUUUUCGUCUUUGAUUCUGUUAAUUUGAUUUUCUUCUUUCCUUUAUUAUUUAUUGCUUUUUUAAUAUAAGGGGGAACCUGGAGGUCCUCUUACCCUAGAGAUGUAUAGGGAUAAACCUGCUCACAGUUACAAGAAGUAGAAACCAUAGAGACAGAAAGAAGGAACCAUAAAGACAGGAAGUGAGGUACAAAAGGGUCAGCAUCAAUUGGUCAGUCUGUCUGUUGCUGACAGUUAGGGCUGGCAGUUAGGGGGAAAUUUGCUGCUGUGUGUUAGGUUGAUGGUUGGUGGUUAGUGCCUGGAAUGUAAAGAUAGGCCUGAGCUUACUGAGAGGGCUUUUUGGCUUUAGCCUUUAGAGGGCUUUUCCGUUUUGGUUUGGUCUGUUAGGAUUUUUUCUUUCUUGAACUUUUUGAAGGUGCCUGGUCUUCAUUAACAGACUGGAUUGGAGUUGGAUUAAACAGUGAUUGAUUUGGUUUUGAUUGGACUGGAUUGGGUUGGAGCUUUGUGGGGUUGGUUGUUAUUAGUGGUAGUUAGACUAUUUUCUCAUUAAAACUUAAAAGAUUAAAAACUGUUCUCUCAUUUUGUCAAAACUCCUAAUUCAACCCUUAUAGAACAGGAAAAGAUGGAGGAGCUUCACCAGAUGGACUCACUGGGGCCACUUUGCUGCCUCUACAGGGAGCCUGGAGUUCCAGGGAUGGCCUUUGAGUGGGACAGACUCCCAGCCCAGGAGGCAGUGACAUUCAAGGAUGUGGCUGUGAACUUCACUCAGGAGGAGUGGUGCCUCUUGUCUCCUCCCCAGAAGGAGCUGUACAAGGAGGUGAUGCUGGAGAAUGCCUGGAACCUGCUCUCUGUGGGGCUUCCAGGUCCCCCAGAAGAUAUGAUCUCUUAUUUGGAGCAAAAGGAUUCCCCAUGGAUGCUGGAGCAAGAAGGCCUGAGGAGCUUCUGCCUAGAAGGAGAGAUCAGACUUGAAAUGAAGGUGAAUCCAACAGAGAUGAGCCUUCCUGUGGAAGAAAUGGACCUACAAAGUUUCAUGAGUGAUUGUCCAGUUAACUUUGCUUUCAGUGAAUUAUGUGUUGCUCCUCAAGAUGCAUCUCAUAUUGAACAUCAACGAAUGCACACUGAGAAAAAAUCAAGUGUAUGUAAUCAGUGCGGAAAGAGUUUCGUGCACAGGGCCAGUCUUGCUGGACAUCAGAGAAUCCACACUGGUAUGAAACCUUAUGAAUGCAAGCAGUGUGGAAAGACAUUCAGUCAUAGCUCCAGUCUUUGUGUUCAUGAGAGAACCCACACUGGGGAGAAACCAUAUGAAUGUAAGCAGUGUGGAAAGACAUUCAGUCAUAGCUCCAGUCUUUGUGUUCAUCAGAGAAUCCACACUGGGGAGAAACGUUAUGAAUGCCAGCUGUGUGGAAAGACAUUGAGUCGGAGCUCCAGUCUUGCUGUACAUCAGAGAAUCCACACUGGUGAGAAACCAUAUGAAUGUAAGCAGUGUGGAAAGUCAUACAGUCAGAAGUCCCAUCUUGCUGUUCAUCAGAGAAUGCACACUGGGGAGAAACCUUAUGAAUGCAAGCAGUGUGGAGAGAUAUUCAGUUAUAGCUCAAGUCUUGGUGUCCAUCAGAGAAUCCACACUGGUGAGAAACCUUAUGAAUGCAAGCAAUGUGGAAAGUCUUUCAGAUUAAGCUGCACUUUUGCUGUACACCAGAGAAUCCACACUGGGCAUAAACCAUAUGAAUGCAAGCAGUGUAGAAGGACAUUCAGUACAAACUUUAGACUUGCUAUACAUCAGAGAACCCACACAGGGGAGAAACCUUAUGAAUGCAAACAGUGUGGAAAGGCCUUCAGUCAUAGCUCAAGUCUUCGUGUUCAUGAGAGAAUCCACACUGGUGAGAAACCUUAUGAAUGCAAGCAGUGUGGAAAGACAUUCACACAGAUCUCCACAUUUGCUGUUCAUGAGAGAACCCACACUGGGGAGAAACCUUAUGAAUGCAAGCAGUGUGGAAAGACAUACAGUCGGAGCUACAAUCUUGCUGUACAUCAGAGAACCCACACUGGAGAAAAGCCUUAUGAAUGCAAGCAUUGUGGAAAGACAUUCACAAAUAAUUCCAGUUUUGUUGUACAUCAGAGAACCCACACGGGAGAAACCUUAUGAAUACAAACAUUGUUGAAAGGCCUUUAAGGCUCAAAGCUCCAGUCUUGCUGUACAUCAAAGAAUCCACACUGGGGAGGUGCCUUAAGAAUACAAGCUAUGGGGAAAGAUGUUUCUAUGUAGCCCCAUUCUUGCUAUUUUGUGAUGGAAAUUUACCCUCCCUCCUUUAUGGGGUAAUAUAAAUGGAGUGAGCCUGAAUUUGACUCAGAAGUGUGGAUUGUGUAAUGGAAAUCAGUGAGUAUUGAAUGUCAGAAAGAAAAGGGCAGCAAUGGAUUCAAGCAAGAGGAGAUAUCUAAGCUCUUUUCAGUUUUGUUUUUGGCUGGACUUCCCUGUGAACAUGGCUAGGAUGCCCUGAUAGUGGCCACAGAAUAGCAAGCUAAUAAGAGCAGUGAGGAAAAUAUAUCCCUUAUUUUCCCAUCAUUUCUCCCUUCUACUUUAGAUUAAAGAAAAUUAUUUUACCUUCAGUCUCAUCAUUUUCCUCCUUAUACUAUACAAUAGAGAAACUUCAGACAUUCACACUCAGUUCUCACCUUGCUCAAAAUCAAGCAAUUUACUCUUCUGUUAUAAGCUCUCCUAUGAUUAGGUCCAAAUAGGCAUAUGAUUUAUAUUUAAAGUGUGAUCACGUGGGAAAAUCACGAGAGUGUAGAAUAGUUUAUCUUUCAGAUCAGUUUAUUCAUAAGGGAAGAAUUCAUGACUACAUAAGAAAUAGAUAACCUUAUGAGAUAUAAAAUAGGUAUUUUUUAAAUUACAUACAAAGCUGUACAAACCAAAUUAAUGCAACCAUGAUUAAAAGUGGGAACAAGAAAUUUUUUACUUUACAAUAUAUUCAAUCAAUUUAAAAAAUUCUAGACCUAUUAUUGAAUGUCUUAAUUCAUUAUUUUAUGGAAUGUAGAUUUCAAUAGUUAAUUUAAGAAGGAAAGAAUUAGCAUAAUUUCCUGUACAAGGGUUUCCAGAAAAUUCCUAUAAAGCAAAAGUUAAAAGACAAAAUAUAAUAUUGUGUAUUUCAUAUAUGAAGUAGUUAUUGACAUUCCAAUGACUUCUAUUCAGUUUAAUGCAUUAUCAAAAUGGUUAUCUUACAUAGAAAAUCACCAUGUAUCUAUCAGCUUGACAUUCUGUACUGAUUGCACCCAGAGGCCAGUAUAAUAAAACUGAUAAAAUUACACUUAUUCUACAAUUUCUAACCCUAUCUGUUACAUAUAAAAUCUUACUUUUAGUUUGCAUUAAGGUCUGUGCUACAUAUCAUCACACCAGUAUAUAAUUUAAAGCUAAAUACAUUUUUUGGGAGCAGGUUAGACACCCAAUAAAGCCAGACUGUGGUCAAAUUAAGAGCAGAAACCCUGAGGCAUAGGAGGUAGCUUUUUUUUGUGCCAAGAAAUCUGAUGACAGUACAGAAAAUAGUCAUAAUAAAAAUAGAAUGGUUGGAAAAUUGUUCAUAUGGCCAUCUUAAUGACACAAAUGCUGGUUAAUUUGGGAAGUGUAAAAAAGAUCACUAUGGGUGGUGUUACACAAAGUUACCACUUUGCAGUACGCACAUUCUUGGUAAUUUUACUGAUGAUUAUGGUGAAAUAAUAGGAUUUGAAAAGAAGAGUAGACCACCUCUUCCUGUGUGACUUGUCUUGUUCUACAAACAAGACCAUUUUUUCUUUUUGUCUGACCAUCUUGUUAUACACCUAAGAGGGGUGUAGUGGGAUUUAAAGAAACUUCUGGCUUACAGGCUUAAGGUCAGGAUGCAAACAAGAUUUGAUAACACCCUAUAAAAAUUAAGUCUAAUAAAAUGUUUUACGGAGUUUUAUUAAAUGAUCAUUAGAUAUCAAGGAAUAAAGAAGAUACAAAAUAAAGACCAUGUGCCCAUGGCUGGUUAGCCAUAUUUUAGUCAACCUCGCCACCAUCAAUGCUGAUUCUACAUAAGAGAGAGGGAGCCUCCAAGGCCCACACCGUUUAUCCUCUGUCUACAGGAACUAUGUAAUGACAGGAAGUCAGUGGGAUCUUGGGAUAUGUAGUUCUUUUUUUAGGGUAACAGAUUUUCAAUCAUACAUUCCCCUCCUAAGAACCACAGAAGACUCCUCUCUCCAAUGGGUCUUGUAAACAUACCAAGUUUGAUAUUGCAAUAAUUUGAGGAUAAGAGGAAAAGAGAACAAAACCAAUAAUUGCUAGGCACAUUGACAAAAAGCCAGUUAGGAGGCAGUCCCCUUUUGGCACAAGAGUAUACAUUCAAAUUAAAUGUUCAAUCCUGUGACAUCUCCCUCUGUAAAGUAACAGGUCACCUAAGAGUAGGAUGCCUCAGUUCAUGUCCUUUAGUAUUGGUUGGGCUUGCAUCACAUUGAUUCUCUAGAUUCCCUUUACUUAACUCAUGAUAACUGUUUUUAAUUUAUUCUUAUUGUACAAUAAACUUAGAAACUGGAGGUCUUUCAUAUAAAAUGUAAAAAAAAUGUAGCAUUCCAAGCAUAUUCACAUCUAUGAAAUAUAAAUGAUUGUAUGGGUAAUGUGUCUUCAGACACAAGGUUAUACCAAUGAUAUUUGUGGGUGGUCUUUUGACCUGACUAUGCGGCCCUUGCCUAGGACAAACUCAUUAACAUGCUUGGAGUCGGAAAACGUGGUUUGUAAUCUCCAUGCCCAAAGGUGUUACCUCUACCUCACCAUCCAAUCUGAAUUGUCCAUGCUUUGCUUGAGAAUACUUCCCUAAACAGAUGGAAAUAAAGACAGAGGCGGCCCCAAUGAAUUUUCUCUUGGAUCUUCAAUCUGCUCUAGGAAUCUUUCCAUCUCUCUCCCUUCUAAUCCUUUUCCUCCCCCGAGGCUGUAGCCCCUCUUGGCUUGCAUUCCAUACCUUAAUCUUCUCCUACUCCCGUUCCUUAAUUCUUAUAUCUUCCUUCCAAGAGAAAAUCAUAGGGGUUUGCCUGCCCUAUUUAAACACUGA